GUUAGCUGUCAAAGUAUUCAUUAUUUUCAGUUCAGGACAAACAGAAACAUAAGGAAUACAUAAAGAUGUCCGCAAUUCUAAACCACGCAAUUCGUCGUCAUGUUGGCGCUACCGCGGCCAGAAACAUGUCCGGUACCGCGGCCGUGGCUGGUGAACAUUCUGGUGGCUACAAAGUCUGGAAGCGGCUGUCCUUCUUCGUGGCUGUGCCUGCCGUUGGAUUGUGCAUGCUAAACGCUUACCUAAAACAUCAGGAGGAGCACGACAAACCUCGUCCAGAAUUCAUUAAGUACGAUUACUUGCGUCGUCGCGAGAAGCGUUUCCCCUGGGGUGAGGGCAACAAGAGUCUGUUCCACAACCCCCACGUUAAUGCUCUGCCCGAUGGUUAUGAGCAUUAAGUGAUGCAAGAGAUUUCUGUUGCAGCUGGUUAUGUUGGUGGUAAAAUGGCUUAUACACACAUUCUGAAGCAGUAGGACGACACAUGUAUUUAAUGUAUUGCGCGCUGAAAUUAAUGCAAAAAUACACAAAAACCAAACAGACAA